AUGGCAAUGCUCCUCAACCGAUCGAUGGGCAGUAGGACCUUAGUCAGCCCACUCAGAACACUUACAACCACUCGAUCAAGCUCAACCAACUUACUCAGCCAACUCCAACACCAACCAGUUUACCAGGCUUAUUGCCCCAAGUCCUACCACUCCAGCAGAACUACCAGUCAAACCAUCUUCCAAACUAGAGCCCAGUCUACUACUACCUCCUCAAAGAAGAUGCCAUUGAAAGUUGGAGACACUAUUCCGUCCGGUACAUUCAGCUAUAUCCCUUACACUCCUGAACUUUCCUCGCCAACCGUCUGUGGAAAUGCGAUCGACUUGAAGACCGAUCAAUGGAAGGGGAAGAAAAUCGUUUUGUUUGGUGUUCCAGGCGCCUUUACCAAAACUUGUUCGGCCAAUCAUUUACCCGCUUAUGUUAAAAAGGCCGGCGAGUUGAAGUCCAAAGGCAUCUCGGGCAUCUACUGCAUUGCUUCAAACGAUGCUUUUGUCAUGUCUGGAUGGGGUCGUUUGCUUGGUUCCAACGAACAUGUUGAAAUGAUCAGCGAUUCGACUUUGAAAUGGUUGGAAGAGGCUGGUUUGACCGUCGAUCUUAGCGCCCAUGGGCUUGGCAAGCGUGGUACUCGCUUUGCUCUCGUCAUCGAUGACUUGAAGGUCACUUACGUCGGCAUCGAGGAAAGCCCCGGCUCAGUAUCAGUCUCCGGAGUUGAUGCUGUGCUCCCAAAGCUCUGA